GAGGAGGUCUGCAGUGCCGCUUCUCCUGGUACCAGGAGCAGUCGCCGCUACCACCUCAUACCCGCGGACCCCCGCCCUCACCCGGGACUCCCUGACUUGGGGAACCCAUCUCAGGUCUCCAGAAGCUCCCAAAAGAGAAGUAGGCAGCCCUUCCUGAAAUAUCCUGGCUCCUCAGCUUAGCCUCACCAACCUGGCUCCCCCUUCCUAUCCCAUCCCCCUUUUCCCUCCCUCCCUCCCCUACUCACCCUAUUGAAUUGGGUGCAGACCAUCGCUCUUUCCCAUCCCUUUCCAUUCUAGCCAGGUCCUAGUUCCUCUAUACUGAGUGCAAAGACACUGGACACAUUUCAUCUAUGUAACUGGGGAGGGGUCUUCUCAACUCCUCAAGUCAUUGAGCAAAAGGCUGAAAAAGCAGCCGGGAGUGAGGCAGAUCUAGCUAAGCAUCCCCAAGCCCCAUCAUGGAAGAAGGCUUCCGAGACCGGGCAGCUUUCAUCCGUGGGGCCAAAGACAUUGCCAAGGAAGUGAAGAAGCAUGCAGCCAAGAAGGUGGUGAAGGGCCUGGACAGAGUCCAGGAUGAAUAUUCCCGCAGGUCCUAUUCCCGCUUUGAAGAGGAGGAGGACGAUGAUGACUUCCCUGCCCCUGCUGAUGGCUAUUACCGUGGAGAAGGGGCCCAGGACGAGGAGGAAGGUGGCGCCUCUAGUGAUGCCACGGAGGGCCACGACGAGGAUGACGAGAUCUAUGAGGGGGAAUAUCAGGGAAUCCCCCGGGCAGAGUCUGGGGGCAAAGGCGAACGGAUGGCAGAUGGAGCACCCCUGGCUGGAGUGAGAGGGGGCUUGAGUGAUGGGGAGGGUCCCCCUGGGGGUCGGGGAGAGGCACAGCGGCGGAAAGAGCGGGAAGAACUGGCGCAGCAGUAUGAAACCAUCCUGCGGGAGUGUGGCCAUGGCCGCUUCCAGUGGACACUCUAUUUUGUGCUCGGUCUGGCGCUGAUGGCGGAUGGUGUUGAGGUCUUUGUGGUGGGCUUUGUGCUGCCCAGUGCCGAGAAAGACAUGUGCCUGUCUGACUCCAACAAAGGCAUGCUGGGCCUCAUUGUCUACCUGGGCAUGAUGGUAGGAGCCUUCCUGUGGGGAGGCCUGGCUGAUCGACUGGGUCGGAGACAGUGUCUGCUCAUCUCGCUCUCAGUCAACAGUGUCUUCGCCUUCUUCUCAUCUUUCGUCCAGGGUUAUGGCACCUUCCUCUUCUGCCGCCUUCUUUCCGGGGUUGGGAUUGGAGGCUCCAUCCCCAUUGUCUUCUCCUAUUUCUCCGAGUUUCUGGCCCAGGAGAAACGUGGGGAACAUUUGAGCUGGCUCUGUAUGUUUUGGAUGAUUGGUGGUGUGUAUGCAGCCGCUAUGGCCUGGGCCAUCAUCCCCCACUACGGAUGGAGUUUUCAGAUGGGCUCUGCUUACCAGUUCCACAGCUGGAGGGUCUUUGUCCUCGUGUGUGCCUUUCCUUCUGUGUUUGCCAUCGGGGCUCUGACCACGCAGCCGGAGAGCCCUCGUUUCUUCCUGGAGAAUGGGAAGCAUGAUGAGGCCUGGAUGGUGCUGAAGCAGGUCCAUGACACCAACAUGAGAGCCAAGGGUCAUCCUGAGCGAGUCUUCUCAGUAACCCACAUUAAAACGAUUCAUCAGGAGGAUGAAUUGAUUGAGAUCCAGUCAGACACAGGGACCUGGUACCAGCGCUGGGGGGUCCGGGCUUUGAGCCUGGGGGGGCAGGUUUGGGGGAAUUUCCUCUCCUGUUUCAGUCCAGAAUAUCGACGUAUCACUCUGAUGAUGAUGGGUGUGUGGUUCACCAUGUCAUUCAGCUACUAUGGUCUGACUGUCUGGUUUCCUGACAUGAUCCGCCAUCUCCAGGCUGUGGACUAUGCAGCCCGCACCAAAGUGUUCACAGGAGAGCGUGUAGAGCACGUGACUUUUAACUUCACCCUGGAGAAUCAGAUCCACCGAGGGGGGCAGUACUUCAAUGACAAGUUCAUCGGGCUGCGUCUGAAAUCAGUGUCCUUUGAGGAUUCCCUGUUUGAGGAGUGUUAUUUUGAGGAUAUUACAUCCACCAACACAUUCUUCCACAACUGCACCUUCAUCAGCACCGUGUUUUAUAACACUGACCUGUUUGAGUACAAGUUUGUGAACAGCCACCUGGUGAACAGCACAUUCCUGCACAAUAAGGAAGACUGCCCGCCAGAUGUGACAGGGACAGGCGAAGGGGCCUACAUGGUGUACUUUGUCAGCUUCUUGGGGACACUAGCUGUGCUUCCUGGGAAUAUUGUGUCUGCUCUGCUCAUGGACAAGAUUGGCAGGCUGAGAAUGCUCGCUGGCUCCAGUGUGAUGUCCUGUGUCUCCUGCUUCUUCCUAUCUUUUGGGAAUAGUGAGUCAGCCAUGAUUGCUCUGCUCUGCCUUUUUGGGGGGGUCAGCAUUGCAUCCUGGAAUGCAUUGGACGUUUUGACUGUUGAACUCUACCCUUCAGACAAGAGAACCACGGCCUUUGGCUUCCUGAAUGCUCUGUGUAAGCUGGCUGCAGUGCUGGGGAUCAGCAUCUUCACAUCCUUUGUGGGAAUCACCAAGGCUGCCCCUAUCCUCUUUGCCUCAGCUGCCCUUGCCCUUGGCAGCUCUCUGGCCCUGAAGUUGCCUGAGACCCGGGGGCAGGUGCUGCAGUGAGGGUGUCUCUGGAGCUUUGGGGAUGGCAGGCACACUGUGAGAACAAUUAACUCCAUUUUCUCUUUCCUUCCCUGCCCUGCUAUCCUGGUCCUCAGAGCCUCAGUCCCCACUCCCCUGUGUUUGGUGUCUUAGCUGUGUAUGCCUGUGUGCAUGUGUGUGACCCUGAUGGGCAGGGACUACAGGGAAGGACCCUUCAUCCCAGUUUUGGGAUGAGACACUCCCCACCUCCUACCACCCUUAACUUUGCACAAGAGAAGGCUGAGCCCCAUCCUUCUCUCCCCCAGUGUUAGUGAGGAACCCUUGUUCUCCUGUUUCAGGGGUUCCAGAACAGACUUCCUGCCUUCCCUUUCAUUCCUUCUGCCUAGGCCCUGGUGAACCAUGGAUAUGCAGUUAUAUUGGGGGCUGGGGCUGGGUGUAGUAGACCUUGGACCAAAAGAACUAGAGUUGGAAGGCCCUCUAACCUCCCAAGGACACUGGGGGAAUAGCAAUAAUCUGCAGCCCUCUGACCUCCACUUUCCCCUCCAUUCAGGCUAGAAAUACAAAGCCUGAAUGUUAUGAAAUUAGCUUUCUGAUUCUUAUUUAUUUAUAUAUUAAGUUCCAAACAGCUCAGCAGGACUGUGUGUGGAUAUGUAUGUACACUUAUGUGUGUGUGCGCCAUGGGGCGGGGGUACCACUAUACUGUCUUAAUAUAAGCCAAGGGCAGUAGUUUCAGUGAAUACACACACAACCCUGCCUCCCAUAGUACCUUCCCAAAUCUUGUAUCUGUGUUGGGCCUAGGAGGGAAGAAACCUGGGCCAGCUGGGAUAAGAGUCACGAAAUCUGGGGGGACCUGAGGGCACCUGACAAGGCCUGACUCCCUUCUUCCUCUUCUAGAGAGGCUCUAUCCCCUAGCCACAGCCCAGCCAGGAAAAGCAAAGCUCCCUCCCACCUGACCUGUCCUCUCACGGGCAGGGGAAAAGGAAAGUAGCCAGGCACAUGGUCAAACCAGCAGAUCCAAAAGCACAAGAAGCUGGAGCGGGGCAGGAAGCAGGGGUCCUCCUGGCAGUGCCUCUAAAAGAGAGGUUGGGCAGUGAGUGAGGGACCCCUAAUGCAGGGACCAGAAGCCUCAGUUUCCCCAUCUCGCCCUUCCACAGAACAGCCUCUGUAGGUUCAGCUGCCCCUGUCCCACCCUUCUCUGUGUGGCUUUCUUUGGUACCCUCUUCCCACCCCCACUGUAGCUGUGAUGUGUUGUAGUUUUUAGCUGUUUGUAAAAUGUUAAAAAGUUAAAAGGAAGUUAAAAUAACCACAAAAAAGAAAAUCCAAAUUCACCCUACUCAAUGCUGCGUCUGGUGCCCUCACCCUGAAGCCAUUCCCGAUUUUGUAACACUGAACCUGGUGGUGACUGUUUAACUCUUUGGUGUCUGUGCUCAAAGGACUGCCUUCUCCUCCAGUGCCCAGUUUAUGAGUGUGUACCCCCUCUCUCACCCUUCACUUGCUGGACGUAGCCUUCUCCCCUGCAGCCCCAGGGGAGAUACAUCCACCUCCUUGUCCUCCUGGGGGAACCCUAACCCCACUCCAUUGAUGUGAAAAACGAACUGAAAAACACUGAAAAAUAAAAGGGAGCAAAUCCUUAAAAUCUAAA